GCCGGCCGGACCCGCCCGCUCCUCACCGUCCUGGUGGAAGUGGUUUAUUUUCUUUUCUCUUUCACCAGGUUCUACGACGAGAGAACCGAGAUGUUGAUGCCGCCAAAGUGUGUUGAACUGUCCCCCCCACAAGGUGUAAUUGUUUCAAGAUAAUGUGUUUAAAUAAUAUUUAGAGCACCAGGUGAAAUGCACAGCACAAGGAACCUUUGUUAAGAAUAAUUUGAAGAGGAUCUGUAUGAAGACACUGCCUCGCACUGUUCAUGGUUAUGAAUCUCACACACGGGCAAAUGGGCUGAAAGGUUGUUGCAGGUGGUGUGCCACAGUUUGGGGCCAGUCCAAUAAAAAUGUUCAUUAUUUAAGCUUUGUGUCGAGUCCUUUCACAGCUUGUACCUUCCUAUGAAGUAUUUGUACUUUAUUCCAUAACAAAGAAACUUUAUCUGGGAAACAGAUUUUUUUUUUUAUGCUGCUUUUCUUCUGCCAGUAAUUGAGAUUUGUGGUAAAUCCCUUUGGAACCAGAUAAGUUCUGUCCAGUGAUUUGAAUGCGAAACGUGUCGCGUAUGAACGGUUUCUCAGUAGAUUUCUAACCCUUUGGAAAUCCACAAUUGUCCGUUUCAAGUAAAUACCACAUGUUCUGCUCCUGUAGUCUUUUUAAAAGUCGUCUGAGACUCUUCUAUUUUACUAUUUAAUUGGCCAAAUGAUGAAUUGAGAAAAUGACCAAUUAAUCGAUAAGAAUCAUUUGUUGCAGCACGCUUAUCUAUUGAACCCAAUGAAUAAAAUAAACCAAAAGUGUUUUCAGAGUCAAAUAGCAGAACGUGGUGUUCUGGUGAGUAGAUAUUAUAGAUUUGAAUGAACCAGCAUCCGUGCACAGAAAACACAAGUAGCCGGUUAUUCUUCAUGUGAAGCACCGUCUCUUGACGGUCAAACCUGCUCCUCAGGUUGAGUGAACCACACGCUAAGGUCACGUAUGUGUCACCUGUGUCAUAACGCUUGCAAGCUGCAAGGUCCGUUUCCUUAAUUGAAGCCAAUCGGGAUCUUCUUUUUUUUUUACCUGCCUACUCUGAAUCUGUUGUGUGCUUUUCCUCAGGUGAGCUGACGCAGCACAGUGGGCGGGAACGAGAGGGACGCUUUUCAUUGGCUGUUAAAGAAGGUCGUUAAACUCUUAAUUGACCUCCAGCGUGGCACAGAGUUAAAUCUAAACCUUGAAAGCUCAGCCGCUCGCUCAGUAGUUUGUGUCUCUUUGAGUUUGUGCAGCUUUUGUUGUGUUAUCAGGAAUAAAGAGAAACGCACUGCUACCCGCCAACAAAGAAGGAAAAGAUCCAAACGACUAUUCCCCAACUCUCGUCGGACAUGGAGGCAGCCACGUCCGCCUUCCAGCACUCCUACGGUCUGGGUCCGCGCUACGCAGCCCAGCAGGGCCACGUGCCGCACCCGGCCUCGGCGCCGGGGCCUUCGGGCGCGCCGCGUCCCGAGGAGCCGCCGCAGCAGCAGCACCACAAGCCUUUCUUCUACAUCCAGCCCUCGCAGCCGUACAUGCCCAUGCAGAGCAUGCAGUGGCCGGUGCCGGUGCCGGUGCCCAUGCAUGUGCCCUACAACCCGUACUACCCGGGUUUAGGUUACGGCCUCCCCAUGAUGCCCCACUAUCAGCCCAACCCCUACAUGGAGCCCCCCGGGUUCGUUGUGCCCACCACCCACCUCCAUUUGAUGGACUACCGCCGCAUGCUCAACCCCCAGUACUACCAGACCAUGGCCUACCACUCCCGCCGGUUCCGCUACCAGCAGAACACCCCGACCAGGGAGACGACCAGCUCGGAGGUCCAAACCGAGCCGCUGUCCGCCGCCCAGAAGGCCGGCGCCUCGGGUGCCGGCGACGUGCCGGUUCCCGUCGGCCUCCCGGUCCGCAAAGGGGGUGACGACCGAACCCCCGGCGUCUCCGUCAAGGGGCUUCCCUCGCCGGCCCCGUCCACGCACAAGUCAGACCCCGUUGCGGACCAGAAGGACGUGGCUGGACCCGGCUCCGUCCCCAGGAAGCAGCCGGGCGGCAGCUUCGUGUUCCAGACGGAGGAGGUGCGGAUCGAAUGCUGCAGCACGCCGGUGGGACUGCAGCUGCUGCACGCUCACGAGACCAAAGAGGUGUCCCACGGCUUCACCCAGGACGUGGUCCAGCGCAGCGGCCCCGUCCUCCAGGGUUGGCGGGACGAGGAGAGCUGCGUACCCAGCGAACAGGCCCUCCAAGCCUGUCCCGACAGCAUGUCUGUCGGCGAGACGCCGCCGCCGACGGAAGAGCCCGAGACUCCGGUGGAUCCUGUCGUUGUUUCAUCGGACGACGACAACGACGACUCCCGUCCGCCGGCUCGCAGCGACGUUCAAGAGACUAACGACGAGAAAGACCCGUCCGAGACUUGCCCCUUCAAAGUCGUCCACCUGCCCUUUGACCCAAAGUACCUGGACGAGCUGUGGAAGAUGGAGUCCACGGUCUGGUCCAUGAAGGAAACGGCGAGUCCCUCCUCGGAAUCGCUGAUCCAAAACAGCCGCCCGGAAUCUCCUGACGGAAUAGAAGACGUCUCGCCCGUGAUUGGGACUCCCCCCGUGGCAGAGGACGAACUGGACGACAUGGUCACCGCUGUGGGGGAGCGUCCCGGGGACGAGGUGGCGUCAGAGGCCGACGCGUGCCCCGCCAUGGACGUCCCCGGCGCGGCGGAGGCUCCUGCGAUGCCGCUCCCCGCCGCGGACUAUUCGCCGCUGAAGGCGAACGGAAACGAGCACCAGGACACGUCCUUCGAGUCGCUGCCCGCCUACCUGCCGUCGACCAGCUGGCUCGCUGACUUCGACAACGUCUACUAUUGCGGCACGAUGCCGCCAACGCCCACGAAGCAAAGCAGGCCUGCGGGCGGCCGGGGCCUGGACAUGCCCGCCAGGAGGCGGCGGCUGGACCUCGACUGCAAAGGCCAACUCGCCGUUCGGAAGCCGAAAGAAAGGUACAAACUCAAAGGGAAGGCGGAUCGCCGAAGCCUCUCCGACCACGAGUGCUGCCUCAGCCGGAGCUUCAACGAGAACGCCUUCGCUCCCCACGCCUCCAAGAGGGAGCGGCUUUGCUCCAGGUGCGUGGCCAGGAGCGGCGUGUGCGAGCCCGCCGGGCCGACGCUCGACGGUCGCGCCCCGAAGAGGAAAGCCGCCGUCUUCCAGCAGUGGAACGACCCGCUCCUGCCCACGUGCGACGCCUGCAGAUCGCACUCCGAAAAGAAAAGGCUGGCGAGGAAGGGCUCCGGCCCGGAGGCCCGAUGCCCUCCCCGCGGGCGCGACUCUGAGGGGGGCGAGUCCUCCGAGAACGGCGGCAAGUGGAGGGCCGUCGCAGAGCGCCGCGGGAAGCCGAACGUCACCAAGAUGCCGCUGGCGUCCAAGCAGAACCUGGAGAAGCCGAGGGAGAAGAACUGCACGUGCAGCGAGCGCCGGUCAGUCGCGUGGGAGAGGCUGCGCCGCUGUCCCCACGGCAACGCCAUCCGGGAAACCGACGAGAACCGCGCGGCGCCGGUGUCCCUGCAGGACAAACGCAGGAUAAUGGAUCACCUUUAUCCAACACACAGGUGGCAGACGGAGAACGUGUGGAACGCAGCCAUCGCUCACCCCGACAGCGACGCCGCCAGGACGCCGCAUUUUAACAACCACAAGAAAUCACAAUCACAAGGAAUUUGUAGGAAAGACACAAGAUGCUGAUUUGCACAAGAGCACAAUGUAAAAAUGACACUUUUUAACUAUAUAGAUAUUUAUUAUGUACACUUGAAUUAAAUUAUUGCCACCUGAAUGAACUGUAUAAUCACAAUAUGACACUAUUUAACAUAAUAAACAUCACUAUUUGAUA